GGUUGCUCGGAGGGGAAGAUGGCGGCCAGCUUGGGCCGGUGAGGCGGUAGUUCCCGUGGUGGGGCAGAGGGAGUGGAGGUGGCGGGAACGGGACAGACGGCUGAGACCGCUAAGAGGGAGCCAAGGCCGAAGACUCCACCCUUAACUCGGGCGGAGGGGAGCCCAGCCCAGGGACUGGACGUGUCCUAGAAGGAAAACAACACCAUGGCUACAGAAAUUGGUUCUCCACCUCGUUUUUUCCAUAUGCCACGGUUCCAGCACCAGGCACCAAGGCAGCUCUUUUACAAACGACCAGACUUUGCACAGCAGCAGGCAAUGCAGCAGCUCACAUUUGAUGGGAAACGAAUGAGAAAGGCUGUGAACCGGAAGACCAUAGACUACAAUCCCUCUGUAAUUAAAUAUUUGGAGAACAGAGUGUGGCAGAGAGACCAGCGAGAUAUGCGGGCAAUCCAACCAGAUGCGGGAUACUAUAAUGAUCUGGUACCACCUAUAGGAAUGCUGAACAACCCUAUGAAUGCAGUAACAACCAAAUUUGUUCGAACAUCUACCAAUAAAGUUAAAUGUCCAGUAUUUGUUGUUAGGUGGACUCCUGAAGGGAGACGGUUGGUUACGGGGGCUUCUAGUGGAGAGUUUACCCUGUGGAAUGGACUCACUUUCAAUUUUGAAACAAUAUUACAGGCUCACGAUAGCCCAGUGAGGGCCAUGACUUGGUCACACAAUGACAUGUGGAUGCUGACGGCAGACCACGGGGGAUAUGUGAAAUAUUGGCAGUCCAACAUGAACAACGUCAAGAUGUUCCAGGCACAUAAGGAGGCGAUUAGAGAGGCCAGUUUCUCACCCACGGAUAAUAAAUUUGCUACAUGCUCUGAUGACGGAACUGUUAGAAUCUGGGACUUUCUACGUUGCCAUGAGGAAAGAAUUCUUCGAGGACAUGGUGCAGAUGUGAAAUGUGUAGACUGGCAUCCAACAAAAGGUUUAGUCGUUUCAGGAAGUAAAGAUAGUCAGCAGCCAAUUAAAUUUUGGGAUCCAAAGACUGGGCAGAGCCUUGCAACGCUACAUGCCCAUAAAAAUACUGUUAUGGAAGUGAAAUUAAAUCUCAAUGGGAAUUGGCUACUUACAGCAUCCCGGGACCACCUCUGUAAACUUUUUGACAUCAGAAAUCUAAAAGAGGAGCUUCAAGUCUUUAGAGGUCAUAAAAAAGAAGCCACAGCGGUGGCCUGGCAUCCUGUUCAUGAAGGUCUUUUUGCCAGUGGAGGAUCAGAUGGUUCUUUAUUGUUCUGGCAUGUUGGGGUAGAGAAGGAAGUAGGUGGAAUGGAGAUGGCCCAUGAAGGAAUGAUCUGGAGUUUAGCUUGGCAUCCUCUUGGACAUAUUCUUUGUUCAGGAUCAAAUGACCAUACCAGCAAAUUCUGGACUAGAAAUAGACCUGGAGAUAAAAUGCGGGAUCGUUAUAACCUGAACCUACUUCCUGGAAUGUCAGAAGAUGGAGUAGAGUAUGAUGACCUUGAGCCUAAUAGUCUGGCAGUGAUUCCAGGGAUGGGAAUACCUGAGCAGUUAAAACUAGCAAUGGAACAAGAGCAAAUGGGAAAGGAUGAAUCAAAUGAAAUAGAAAUGACCAUUCCAGGAUUGGACUGGGGAAUGGAGGAGGUAAUGCAAAAGGACCAAAAGAAGGUGCCACAAAAAAAAGUUCCUUAUGCAAAACCUAUUCCAGCUCAGUUCCAACAAGCCUGGAUGCAGAAUAAAGUUCCAAUUCCUGCCCCAAAUGAGGUACUAAAUGACAGAAAAGAGGAUAUUAAACUUGAAGAAAAGAAAAAGACACAAGCAGAAAUAGAACAAGAAAUGGCAACAUUGCAGUACACUAACCCACAGCUUUUGGAGCAACUCAAAAUUGAAAGACUUGCACAAAAACAAGCUGAACAAGUCCAACCACCUCCACCACCAGGGGGUCCUCUACUUGGACCCCAGCCUUUUCCAGGACAAGGUCCAAUAUCUCAGAUUCCUCAAGGUUUUCAGCAGCCUCAUCCACCUCAACAGAUGCCAAUGAACAUGGCUCAAAUGGGACCCCCUGGUCCACAAGGACAAUUCAGACCUCCUGGACCUCAGGGGCAAAUGGGACCACAAGGCCCUCCAUUACAUCAGGGAGGAGCUGGUCCUCAAGGAUUCAUGGGACCACAGGGACCUCCAGGGCCCCAAGGCCCACCACAAGGACUCCCAAGACCUCAGGAUAUGCAUGGCCACCAAGGAAUGCAAAGACAUCCUGGACCCCAUGGCCCAAUGGGACCUCAAGGACCACCUGGGCCACAGGGUAGUUCUGGCCCACAGGGUCCCAUGGGCCCCCAAGGUCCACCUGGGCCACAAAGCCAUUUGGGUCCCCAAGGUCCACCUGGUCCCCAAGGUCAUUUAGGCCCUCAGGGUCCACCUGGUACUCAAGGGAUGCAAGGACCACCUGGUCCAAGAGGGAUGCAGGGACCUCCUCAUCCCCAUGGAAUGCAAGGAGGACCAGGCUCUCAGGGGAUGCAGGGUCCUGUGUCCCAAGGACCUCUAAUGGGGUUGAAUCCAAGAGGAAUGCAGGGACCUCCAGGUCCCCGAGAUAACCAAGGACCUGCUCCACAAGGGAUGAUGAUGGGGCACCCACCUCAAGAAAUGAGAGGACCUCACCCACCAAGUGGACUGCUGGGACAUGGUCCUCAGGAGAUGAGAGGUCCUCAGGAGAUGAGAGGCAUGCAGGGACCGCCACCCCAAGGGUCAAUGCUGGGGCCUCCCCAGGAAAUGCGUGGGCCUCCAGGUUCACAGGGACAGCAGGGGCCACCCCAGGGUUCUAUGGGACCUCCACCCCAGGGAGGCAUGCAGGGUCCCCCAGGACCUCAAGGACAGCAGAACCCUUCAAGAGGGCCUCAUCCUUCCCAGGGCCCAUUACCAUUCCAGCAGCAGAAAACACCCCUUCUAGGUGAUGGUCCACGCGCACCCUUUAAUCAGGAAGGACAGAACCCAGGCCCACCACCCUUGAUACCAGGACUAGGGCAGCAGGGAUCACAAGGUCGAAUCCCCCCUCUUAAUCCGGGACAAGGACCUGGCCCUAAUAAAGGUGAUUCUCGUGGCCCUCCAAACCAUCACAUGGGCCCAAUGUCAGAGAGGAGGCAUGAUCAGAACAGUGGUCCAGAUCAUGGUCCUGAGAGAGGGCCAUUCCGAGCUGGCCAGGACUGUAGGGGUCCCCCUGAUAGACGUGGGCCUCACCCAGAUUUUCCUGAUGAUUUCAACCGACCAGAUGACUUUCACCCUGACAAGCGAUUUGGCCAUAGAUUACGUGAAUUUGAGGGAAGAGGAGGACCUUUGCCACAGGAGGAGAAAUGGAGGCGAGGAGGCCCAGGUCCUCCAUAUCCUCCAGAUCACCGAGAAUUCAAUGAGGGAGAUGGCCGGGGAGCAAAUCGUGGCCCCCCAGGUGCUUGGGAAGGACGAAGACCUGCAGAUGAGAGAUUUCCCAGGGAUCCAGAUGACCCACGUUUUAGAGGAAGACGGGAAGAAAGCUUUAGAAGAGGAGGCGCACCCCAACGGCAUGAGGGUCGGGGUCCCCCUCGAGGAAGGGAAGGUUUUCCUGGUCCUGAAGACUUUGGGCCAGAGGAAAAUUUUGAUGCAUCAGAUGAGGCUACAAGAGGAAGAGAUCUUAGAGGCCGAGGCCGAGGUACUCCACGAGGAGGGCGAAAGGGCUUACUUCCCACACCAGAUGAAUUUCCUCGCUUUGAAGGAGGACGGAAACCAGAUUCAUGGGAUGCAAAUAGAGAGCCAGGCCAUGAGCAUUUCCGGGAUGGUCCACGUCCUGAUCAUCCUCCUCAUGAUGGGCAUUCUCCAGCCAGCAGAGAACGUUCUUCCUCCCUCCAAGGCAUGGAUAUGGCUUCUUUACCACCCCGAAAGCGUCCCUGGCAUGAUGGACCUGGAACAUCUGACCAUAGAGAAAUGGAGGCUCCAGGUGGACCUGCAGAGGAUCGAGGCAAAGGACGAGGUGGCCCAGGACCAUCCCAGAGAGUGCCAAAAUCUGGACGAUCCAGUUCCUUGGAUGGAGAUCAUCAUGAUGGAUAUCACAGAGAUGAACCUUAUGGGGGUCCUCAAAGCAGUGGCACCCCUUCCAGAGGGGGAAGGAGUGGAAGUAACUGGGGGAGAGGAAAUAAUAUGAACUCUGGCCCACCAAGAAGAGGAGCAUCAAGAGGUGGUGGAAGGGGCCGGUAGAAGAGGUUUUGGCUGGGAAGUCCCCAGUCUUAACUGGACAGUAUUUAAGUAAUUCUUGUGGACUCACCAAGAGAAACAAAAGGAUUCCUGCACCACCACAGCACUGGCUGGACUCUUCACUGGGCUAUUUUUAUACCCAGUAGCUCCCAGUAAGGUCUUCUAGAUCAAUAGACUGCUGCUGGCUACAUCAUGGUAGCUGGUUUUGUUCUGUCCUGUCCACCUUUUUUCUCACCCCUGCAUUGUUUUGUGAAGAUAAAAGCUGGAAUUUUUUUUUUUUUAGUGUUGUGAGACAUGGAGCACCUCCACAAAUUUGAGUUCAUGUCUAAUUGGAAAAUUGUUUCUAUAUGUACAGUUUGUCAGAAAAAAAAAGUUAAGUUGUUUUUGUAUGAAUACAGAAUGUGAUUUGCGUAAGAAUUAACAGAACAAUCAUUGUGUCAUGAUUUUUUUUUAUUUACAACUACAGUUGUGAAAUACAUGCCUUAAUGAAACCCUAGACUUCUACAAUAUAUUUCAACAUCCUCAACCUUUUUAACUCUGUUGAGUUAAAGAAAUUCUGUUAGUGGAAUAGUAAAUCCUCCAAAUCGAAGUUCGGUUAUGAUACCAUGUAAGGUCAACGUGCCAGAUAGAUUAUCCUGCCAUCAACUAAGCUUCUAAGAAUUAUUUAAAGUUUUUUUUGAAGUCAGAAGCUCCUUACCACAAAAUAAUGCUAUGUAAGGUGAUCUAUUAAAGUGUCCUCCAAGUAGAAACGAAUUCAUCACUUAUACAUUAAUAGUCUUUCUUUCCUGGUGCCAGCCCCAACACUGCUAUCCAUGAAAAGGUGGUCACUUUCUUUAUUUUGUGACUGAGUCACCUAAUUCUGGAUGCUAUGACCCUGUUUCAUGGGUGAAUUCUCUUCUCUCACCUGAGGCCGAAGUAGGGUAGAAGCUACUUACAUGUGGCCCAUUCAUGAUACCACAACCAGAAAAACUGAUUGAUAGUACCAGUAACACCGAGAGCAUUUCUUUGAACUAUCAUUGUGUUUUCACCACUUUGAAAAGAAAUAGUCAUUUAAAUUUUUUUUCCUAAUCUUCUGUUUCAUAAGUUAUAAAGCAUUUCUUUCAGAAUUGUCUUUUCCACCAGUACCAAUUCUUGUAGAUGGUAAAUUAUAGUGGAAGACUUCUUUCACAUAGGUCAUUGUAGGAAACUUCCUUUUUCUACCCCAUAACCAAUAAAUGUUCCAUUUCAUAAAGCAGAAACAGAAAAUAUCUAUUGAGAAUACCUUGAAGAUUAUAAUAUUGAACAGUCUAUACAUAUGCAUAUAUGUAUAUGUAUAUUUACUCAAACACACACACAUGAAAGGAAUUUGUUGUAAAUAUACUUGUCUAUAAAUGAUGCCACCCUUCUCCACAAAUGCAUUUAUUAUACUAAAAUGUCCUUUCAUUACAGGCAGCUAAAGGUACAAGCUUUUCUCUUAAGUGGUACCUGGGUAAUACUAAGCAAUGACUGGAGUUUCACCAUUUGUUUGUAACCAAACAAAUCAUGAGCAAGAGUUAUUAGGGAUUAUAGCAUAUUUCUAAAGAAAAACCAUUAUGCUUUUUAUAUUAAGUUUUUGCUUCAUAUAACAGAUCUCUGAGGUUAAGCAAAAUAGUAAGUAUUCUCUUCUCUUGGGUACAACUGUUUUGUGAGAGUGAUUAAGAUUUGGACUUCAGCAUAUUGUGACUCUUCUCUGGGUGGUAAUUAAUCCAAAGCAUAUGUAAUUAAAACUGGUUUAGCAGGCAGCAAGUUGUUCACAAAAUGUUAUGAAGGGAACAUGUUGAAACUGAAGAUUAUUUCAGAAAGGGAAUUGGAUCACCUUCAAAGUUUAGGUCUACUUUACUAAAUGGUUUGGUUCAAAGCAUUUAUUCUCCCGUGUAGUGGCUAUUUACUGCUCCAGCAGAAGAGGCAAGGAAAGGCAUCAAACUGCCUUACCAAUAGUUGAACCUAGGCAGUUUGGUUUGAGAUAACUUGGAACAGAAAAGUCAGUUCAAGACCCUGGGAAAAGUUUUGUCUAGAGAGUAAAAUCAAGAGGUUAGUUUAGUGUCGUCAUAUAAAGGACCCAGGACCAAUAAAAUUACUUUUUAUUUAACCUCCAUCAGCUGGAAAACUAGCUAAUACUUGGCAGCAUUCACUUUUUAUGCCCCAAAACAAAAUUCAAGAAAAAAAAUGUAUCAUUUAGAGCCAGGAGGGACAUUAGUGAUCGUCUAGUCUAGGGCCCUCAACCUUUUUGGUAUCAAGGACUCUUAGGCAGUCUAGUAAAACCUAGGGACUCCACAGAAUCAUGUUUUUAAAUGUAUAAAGUACAUUGUAUUAUAAAGGAAACCAAUUCUAUUGAAAUAAUUAUGAAAAUAUUUGAAAACAAGUUCAUGGAUUCUUAGAUUAAGAAUACCCAAGUAGUUGGUCCAGGGCCCUCAUUUUUACAGGUAAGGUGACUGAGACCCAGAUCCACAUGUUAAAAUAUCAUUAUUAAGGGAUUCAAGUUUGAUUUUUGAGGGUCUAUUUGGGAAUGGAGGGAGUAAAUAAGAAAAACUGUCCAAAGUUGAAAAUCUAAAAGUAGUAAUACUUUUUAGAAACCCAAGGGAUAAAAAGACUUAUGUAAAACAGAAGUCAUCAAUAAACCUCACUUUAUAAAAACCAAAAGCCAAAUGCUCCAACUUAUAGAGGCUGUUCUUCAGAUUUAUUAAAUUUUAUUAAAUUUAUUAAAUUCUUGUAAUUCUAAGUUUCAUGCCUUGCUCAAAAGCAGUCAAAGCACGGUCUAUAAUGAACUGCAUUGGUGACACAGAACAAUGAUUCUAUCACUGCAGAAAAAUCCAUUUAUUAAAUGCAUAGAGAUAAUGUGCAUGGAAUUCUGAGUUGUAAUGGUCACUGUACAUAUUGAAUAUUAUGAUUUUUAGUUUGUAUAAAAAUUAGGUCUUUAAUGAAUAUCUGAAGUCUCCAUUAAAUGCUAUUUCAUAUAGGACA